CGGUGAGGACGUACAACAGUGCUCUCGGAUCAUUCAGUGACUAUUAAACUUUCAUCGCGACAGUUACCUGUGAUAUGUUUUCGUGUUUGCCGUAAAACAAACUUUGGUGUCACACAAAGUGUCGUCUUCGGCGCUUAGUUGUUCAUAAACAGUGCGUUACCGGUGUAUGGAGUUUGUUGUCUGUGAGUGGUGAGGUCUAAGGAGUGUCCUAAGGACCGAACGUUGGAGGGUGGACCCAGGACUCCCGGUGGACCCAUGACAGUCCACGACAUGUCCCCAGCUGCCUUGACCAUGCCGCACCACCAUCCGCACCUCGCACGGUCCAGGUUCAUGAUCACAGACAUCCUGUCCGGCCAGUCCGGCCACCAUCCCCAGCGGUCACCUCCGUCGCCGGCCAGCUCCGUGGACGCCCCCCGGGAUCUCAGUCUCCACUGCCGCACCGCCGCCUCUGACGCCGAUCUCAGCGAUGGUCAUGAGAGUGGCACAGACUCCGGCCUGCACGGCGACAACUCCAGCGUCUGCUCAAAUGGUCACAAAGACGACGUCCAGGACGGCUCUAGAGGCUCCAGUCACUCAGGGCUGAGCAAGAAGCAACGCAAGGCGAGGACGGCGUUCACAGACCAUCAGCUGCAGACGCUGGAAAAGAGCUUCGAAAGACAGAAAUACCUGAGUGUACAAGACCGCAUGGAACUGGCGGCCAAGCUGAGUCUGUCCGACACCCAGGUCAAGACCUGGUACCAGAACAGGAGAACGAAGUGGAAGCGUCAGACAGCGGUGGGUCUGGAACUACUCGCUGAGGCUGGUAACUACGCGGCGUUCCAGAGGUUAUACGGCGGACCUCCCUACUGCUGGCCAUACCCUGCGCCUGGGGGUGGUGCCGCCCCCACGGCUGCCGACCUGUACUACCGCCAAGCCGCCGUCGCCGCCGCCGCCGUCACCGCCACUACACUCCAGAAGCCGCUGGCCUACCGUCUCUACCCCGGAGUCGCGGGGCCUUCCCAUCUGCCGCCUCCGCCGGGCCUACCCACCGCCCCCGCCUACUACCAUCCUCUGCCUCCGCGCUCCCCCAGCCCUGACCCCCGCUCCCCCACGCGGUCACACAGUCCUCAGAGUGUAGAUGUGGAGGACGACUCCCCGGACUCGCCCCAUGUCGACGUCUAACGCAGAGCGGGAGUUGAACUCAAGUGGUCACAAGUUUGGUCUUUGGAAGUUCUAGUG